AGCGUCAUGUGAGCUGCUGUUUCCGUCCGGACCCAGUACAGGGCGGACCUAUGCUAACUCAACCAACUCCUUUAUUUACAUUUAGCUAUGAAUUCAGAAGCGGCUUUAUUGUUAGAAACAGUUAAUUUUGCUGCGGUAAAACAUCGUAAUCAACGCCGUAAAGAUCCAGAAGCAACGCCGUACAUUAAUCAUCCAAUCGGUGUAGCAAGAAUCCUCAGCUAUGAGGGAGGAGUCACAGAGAUUGAGGUUUUACAAGCAGCUUUGCUUCACGACACCGUAGAGGACACAGACACCACCCCGGAGGAGCUGGAGGACAGAUUCGGGCCUAUCGUAGCUCGAAUUGUCCAGGAGGUGACGGAUGACAAAAGUCUAUCGAAGCAGGAGAGGAAGCGCCUGCAGGUGGAGCAUGCACCGCACUGCAGCCGACAAGCUAAACUGGUGAAACUGGCUGACAAACUGUACAACCUGAGGGACCUGAAUGCCUGCACGCCUGUCGGUUGGUCGGCUGGGCGGGUCCAGGAGUACUUUGUUUGGGCCGCUGAGGUGGUUAAAGGUCUAAAAGGAACUAACUCGGCUCUGGAGGAGAAGCUGGAGGAUCAGUUCAAACAGAGAGGAGUUCAGCUCUGAAAGAACCACCUCACCUCACUGGAGAAGGAACUAAUCACUAAUCAGAUGCAAUAUCAUUUACAAGCCAUAAAAAUAAUCUUUUUUCCUUAUUUUGUGCUGUGUGUUAUGUCUGCUGUGUACUUUCAGGACAUCAUGUAACUGUGAUUUUAUUUCUGAAUAUUAAGAAAGCAACAUUU